AUGGACUGUUAUAAUUUUUGUCUCUGGAGAAAUGGAGCUCUAUCUUUUGAUGACUUGGCGGGCCAAAUAACACUUGAAAAGAAUGGAAAAGUCCUUGACUUCUUCCCUAGGGAGGUGUCAACCGAUCACAUUACCGCUCUUCAGGCUGAACUGGCGACUAAGGUUCAGGGGAUGUGUAAGUCGAUCAGAGUAACACUAGAUCAUCAUAUUUUGCGUGAAGAGCUUGAAUUAUGGCCUUUGUUCGAUAUGCAUUUUUCUAUCAAGGAGCAAGAUAAGCUCAUGGGUCGAAUCAUUGGUACUACGGGUGCUGAGGUGUUGCAGUCGAUGUUGCCAUGGGUGACAUUUGUACUUACUCAAGAAGAACAAGACAGAAUGAUGGACACAUGGAAACAAGCUACCAAAAAUACGACGUUUACCGAGUGGCUUAAUGAAUGGUGGGACGAAUCUUCUCCUUCAGAUGCAUCAUCUUCAGUGUCAGAUAAAAAUAUUUCACAAGGAUCUGAAUUACAUGAAGUGUUAGAUCCAAAUGGUUAUACCUUCAAGCCCGGUUGGAAAGAUAUAUUUCGGAUGAAUGAAAAUGAGCUUGAAUCAGAAAUGAGAAAAGUUUCCAGUGAUCCGAUUCUUGAUCCCCGAAGGAAGGCUUAUCUCGUGCAAAACCUUAUGACCAGUCGUUGGAUAGCCGCUCAACAGAAAUUACCUCAAGGAAGUGAAAGCGACGAAUCAGAUAGCGAACGUCUACACGGAUGCUCGCCUUCGUUUCGUGACGAAGAGAAACAAAUCUUCGGUUGUGAACACUAUAAACGCAACUGCAAGCUUCAUGCUGCAUGUUGUCAAAAGCUAUUUACAUGCAGGUUCUGUCAUGAUAAUGUCAGUGACCAUACAAUGGACAGGAAAGCUACAACUGAAAUGAUGUGUAUGAAUUGCUUGAAAGUUCAACCCGUUGGGCCAGUUUGCUCAACCCCAUUUUGCAAUGGACUUUCAAUGGCAAAAUAUUAUUGUAGCUACUGUUUGGGGAUAAAGUUAUUGGAUCAUAAGUGUAGGGAGAAAGGUUUGGAAACAAAUUGCCCUAUUUGCUGUGAUUUUUUAUUUACAUCAAGUGCAGCUCUUAAAGCGCUUCCCUGCGGUUAUUUUAUGCACUCUGCUUGCUUCCAGGCGUAUGCUUGCACACAUUACAUCUGUCCUAUAUGCAGCAAAUCUAUGGGAGAUAUGUCGUUUUCUCCAACCCGGGUAGCACCCGGGUGA